AUGGCACCAAGUUCUUACGAUAAAAUCGUCAUCUUUGGGGACUCGCUCGUCGAGUGGUCGAGCGCCGCAGAAAACAGCGGCCUCGGUUUAGUACCGGCUUUGCAGUCAGCUUACCUCCGCCGAUUGGACGUGGUGAAUCGUGGCUUUGACGGAUACAACACCCGACAAGCCUUGAAAGUCCUCCCGCAGGCGAUGCCAUCGCCAGAACAGUGCAGAGUUCGGCUAUUGAUCAUCUUCCUAGGAGCCAACGACGCUACACUGCAAACAGCCAAUAAUGGCUUCCACGUGCCCAUAUCGGAGUACAAAGAGAACCUGCGAAAGAUUGUGAACCACCCUGCAGUGACAGUCCACACCCCCAAGGUCAUGCUCAUCACUCCGCCGCCCAUCGAUGAGCACAAGCACCUGCUCAAGGAUCUGAACGCAGGGCACGCGGGACUGACCCGGUCUGCGUACUCGGCUAAGUACUAUGCGGCAGCUUGUACGGAGGUAGGAAAUGAACUCGGUCUUCCGGUUGUUAAUGCUUGGCAUGCUAUGAUGAAGCUUGCGGGGUGGCGGACUGGGGAGUCGCUUGCGGGGUCUACGAGUUGUGCUGUAAAUUGGGUGCUUGGCAGGCUCAUUUCAGACGGGGUGCACUUGACUGGAGAAGGGUACAAGGUUAUCAUCGAUGCGCUGGUGCUACGGGUAGCAUUGGUUUGGCCAGAGCUUAAGCCGGAGGAGAUCCCGUAUGUUUUCCCGACGUACGAUGAGUUUACGGGACAGGAAAAGAAUUGA